AAACAAGACCCGCCCCCUGUCUGGAAAAGAACAGCUCAGGACGAUCACGCUCGUGCCUCAAAUCCCGCGAAAUUAGCCUCUCAGAUUGUCAGGCUCCGGAUUUCAAGAAACCUCGCGAUAGCAGGCAUUCCUCGCGAGAGAAAUUUAACUUGGCGCCCGCGGUAGGAGAAGGAGGAGCGCUUUCUUUGCGGCCUGGUGUUGGGCCUUUCCUCAGGAGCGCAGCUGUAGCAGAACCAGAACUCAGAAUAGCAAGAGCCACAUCUUUUGAUUGUAUGCAGUGAACAGAUCUCCUGCCAAAACUUUGCCGAGCUCCAAAGUAUCCCAAUCAAGUUUCUGUGCAGUCACAGAAUCCAUAGGUGUGAGUGCACAGAUCUCUUCCUCAAAGACGCAGGGAAUAAAACAUGCCCGCCUCCAUGAGAAAUCUUCGGCAAAUGGCUAUUUAUCUAGGACUUUUAUCUACUGGAGGAAGUGCCGUUAUGUAUUAUUUCAUGCAAAAGAGUUUUGCCAGAACGCAGUACUAUCAAAAGGCUCUUGAACAGCUUCAUGAAGACCCUGAAGCCCUGGAGGCACUUGGUGCUCCUCCUCUGAAAGUACAUUUCAUCAGAUUGACAGACAAAAGCAAUUGGGUGGAUGCAUCACAAGCUCAGCUAAAGAUUCCAGUAUCUGGAACAAAGUCAUUUGGGUGGCUCCAAGUCAGUUCAGAGAAAAAUUUCUCCCUUAACAGUUGGUGUCUGAAAGAGGUCACCUUGCAACUCUAUAAUGGACAGAGUAUUUUGGUGUACCCUUCUACUGGGAAAAAUGCUACUGAACAAGAGGUAUAAAACUGCUGCUUGUGCUACUAAUAUCCUCAUGGAAAAUGAACAGCCUAGUUGACAAUAUUCCCUUGAGAGAUGAUUUCUGGAAAAUUUAUACAACAAUGACAAUGGGCUGGAUCUACAUUUAUAGAUUCAAGUGAGCUGGACAAGUAGAUGCAAGACAGUUAACACAUGAUGUGAAGCUUCUGCACUAAGGCUUUUCUCUGUACAAAUAAAAGAAGUGAGUAAAAUGUU